AAUCCUUAUAGUACGAAUUACGAUGCACAUCAAUGUGUUGGACUAGUAUUCAUUAUUUAUUUUCAAGAAUUAAAAAAUAACAAUAGUUAUUAAGUGAUUGACAGUUAACCAAGUAUUUUAAUUUAUUGAAAUUUUGUAUAAAAAAAAUUUACAAGAAUUACAUUUAUAACAUAUAUUUGUUAAGUAAAAUUUAUAAAACUAUUACAAGUAAAUUCUUUAAGGUUAUAUUUUGUAUUAUUGAAUUUUUAUCUUAAACAAAACAUGUCAAUUGUUGAUGAAAAUUAUGAGUCAAAAUGUGAUGACAAUGGUAAAAAUAAAUUAAAAAUAUGCUGUCAACAUUGUCCAUCAGUUAUUUUAAGUCCUGGUGCUGCCAGUCAUCAAUCACUUGAGUUUGAACUACCAUUUAUGCGUCGUAAAGCAGAAACUGAAGAUGAAAAAGUUGAACAAAUUGGUCAUUAUUGGCUGGUAGAAGAUAUGUACACAUUUGAAAACGUGAGUUUCACUAAAACCGUAGACAAUAUUAAAUAUUUAGCUUGUGCUGACUGUGAAAUUGGACCAAUUGGAUACAUGGAUAUAUCAACGAAUAAAUCAUACGUGGCAUUGUCCAGGGUCAUGUACAAAGAAUAAUUAAAUUAAUAAUGAAUAUUUAUUUAUUUUAAUUUUUUGUACUUUCAUAUUGAAUGUAAAAAAUAAAGAUA